CAGUCCAACAUGGCGACUGUCAGCUGAGAGUCGGUGAGCGGUGUGUUGUUGACACUCUAACGGUCGGUGACGGUUUUCUGGAAUUUCAACGAACAAUCUCGAUUCGAAGUGAAUCGUCGCGGUUUCAUCAGACGCUCGAGUUCCGAUUCUACGGAUGAAUCCAGUCUGAGUCAUGGACAAGUUUGGGAUGACCUUCGGGGGCGGUCCCAGCAGGAAGGAGCUGCAGGACACCGUUGAGGCCCAGAAGAAACAGCUGGUCCAGUACCAAACCCGCUUCAAGGAUGUGGUCCGGGCCUACAAGAGUCUUCUGAAGGAGAAGGAAGCUCUGGAGGCCAGUCUGAAGGUCCUGAGUGUGACCCAGGAGCUGGACUUACAGCAGCAGGAUGCCUCUGGCCCCGCCCCAGACCUGCCAGAGGACGGCUGCUCGCUGCACAGUGAGGACAGCAUGGACACAGCGGCGUCUGUGGACACGGCCAGCGAGACCACCAGAGGAGACCAGUCUGAGGAAGACCAGGGAGAACCGACUGUGCAAGCAGAGAGGGCGGAGCUUGAGGCCAGCAGCACAGGGAGCAGCUGUGGCUCAGGAGCAGAGUCUCAGCAACAGGCCACGCCCACUCCCAAUGUGGAGGCGGAUCGUCGAGUUGCCCGGCUGAAGAGCCAGCUGAGCACGCUCACCGGCGCCCUCGCCACGGUGACGCAGGAGAAGUCUCGCAUGGAGGCGAACUUCCAGGCCGACAAGCGUCAGCUGAAGCAGGGGGUGGAGGAGCUGCAGGAGCGUCUGGCCGCCAUGGUGACACAGCAGGAGGCGGAGCUGAGCGCUCUGCAGCAGCAGCUCGCCGAGAGUCGCGCUCGCAUCAUCACGCAGCAACACGAGCGGGAGCAGGAGCAGGGCGACCACGUCCAGCAGCUGCGAGAGCUUCAGAGGAUCCUGCAGCAGGAACGAGACCUGCGGCAGGACGCCGAACUCCACCUGCAGGAUGCCAGUGCCGCCCUCCUGAUGACGUCACAGGCUGUAGACCGAGAGGCGGAGUCUGAGGCUCUCCUGAACCAGCUGCGGGGGGAGAGAGACGUGCUGAAGAAGAAGCUGCAGGCUGCGGCGGACGACCAGAAGAAACCUGAUCCCAGGGUAGAGGAGCUGCAGCAGGAGCUUACGCAGCUGAAAGGCCACUUUCAGAAGCAGAUCCAGACUGAGACCAGGAAAGCGUGCGAGGCAGAGGAGCGCGCUCAUCAACGAGCUCAGGAGGCCGAGGUCCGUGUCGCAGGUCUGGAACAGCGAGUCUCUGAACUGUCAGACCUGCUCGGUUCCUCUGAAAAGGUGAAGCAGCGAGACCAGCAGGCCGCUCAGAGACUCCGAGACCGCAUCAUGCAGCUGGACACGGAGAACAAAACACUGGCCAUCGCCGCUUCCAACCGGUUGUCAUCUGACCUCGGCGUGGACGAGUCGCAGCUGGACGUUGGCACGCUGAAGGAGAAGCUGGAGAAGGUGAAGAAGAUGCUGCUGCUCGCAGCUCAGAGGAACCCAGACCAGAACAUCCAGGACCUGGAGCAGAUCGAGCCAGAGGCCGGCGGGGACAAAGCCUCCGUGCUGGUCUACCAGCAGGAGCUGCGGCAACUGAAGGACGAGUUUGAACGCUACAAGCUGCGAGCACAGGUGGUGCUGAAGAACAAGAACACCAAAGACGGCUGCCAAGCCAAAGAGCUGGAGGAGGUGCGGGACCAGCUGUCGGAGCUGAAGGAGAAGUACAUCAAUCUGCGGAUCCAGAGCGACGAGGCCAAAGCCCAGCACUGCCACGAGCUGCAGGAGCGACAGCAGGCGGCAGCGGCGCUGCAGCAGAGCCACAGGCAGGAAGUGGAGCGGCUGGAGACGCUGCACCGCGACGAACUGCUGCGGCUGGAGGCGGAGCUACACAAACAGAGGGAGCGGACCAUGGCGCUGCUGGACGAGAAGGACCAAGAGCUGGAGAAGCUGCGGGCCGCCGCCGUGCUCGGACGCGCUAGCGAGUACAGCGGCGCAAGCGAAGACGCGCAAGAGCCCGACGGCGACGGCGACAUCGUGGGUCAGGCGCUGCAGCGAGCCACGUUCGCCGAGCCCACGAUGCUGCUGUACGUGGAGCAGCUGGCCAGGAAGGAGGUGGAGAUCGCCGGGCUGCGGCGCCAGAAGCACCGCCUGGAGGAGGACCUGCACCAGCUGCAGGUGCGGCUCAUCGCAAACGCCGAGCGCCACGACGAGGAGAUGGCGGAGCUGCGGGGGAAACUCGACAAACUGAUCCGGGACCAGGGCCGAGAGGGCGCCAACCUGGAGUACCUGAAGAACGUCAUCUACAAGUUCCUGACGCUGCAGGACGCCAGUGGGAAGCAGCAGACGCUCACCGCCAUCUUCACCAUCCUGCACUUCAGCCCGCAGGAGAAGCAGCACGUGCUCAGGCUGCAGGGGGCGCCGUGGUGGAGAUAGACUCUACACAUCGUGGGGUUGCAGGGUAGGGGGCGCUGUUUGUUGUGUAUAAACUGUACAUAAAACAGAAAUGAUGACGGUGAAGCUGAUGAUGUAUAUUUUUGAUUCCCUUGUUGAAAUUAAAAUAUUUUUCCUGUUUCAAA